AGCCCCCUUUUUUGAUUCAACAUGGCGCCGCUGUUAGUUCCCCUGCAAUGUGGAUUUCACUUUCAAAGACGAAAACUAGCACUUUUACUUCAACAGACCAGCUCAUAUCACAUACUAAGAUACAGCGACGACAAGAGAAUCCGUACGCAUCGCAAACAAAAUAAGACAUUCCAGGUGUUUAACCCAGGUGUGAGGACAGCUGCAUGGGCAAGUUGUGGAGGCAGUACCUGCAGGCAGAUUUUGGAAGCUACAAAGGGUUCACAGCUAUGGCGGGUAGCAGACAGACGGACAUGUUGGCAUGGUCAUGCUGGGGGCGGGCUAAGUGCGGAUCCCAAGAAUGUGCUGAAAGAGGUGAAUUCUGGGAAAAUCUUGGCGGCGAUGCUGUCGUACGUGUGGCCCAAGGACAGGCCGGACCUGCGGGCACGUGUUGCCGUCUCACUGGGACUGCUGGCCGGAGCAAAGGUGACAAACGUCAUGGUGCCUUUCAUGUUUAAGUAUGCAGUGGACAGCCUGAACCAGAUGUCAGGAAAUGUGCUGAACCUGAGCGACGCGCCAAACACCGUGGCGACCAUGGCAACGGCCGUCCUGAUUGGCUACGGCGUCUCAAGGGCAGGUGCCGCCCUCUUUAACGAGCUGAGGAACGCCGUCUUCGGGAAGGUGGCCCAGAGCUCCAUCAGGAGGAUCGCCAAGAACGUCUUCCUCCACCUGCACAACCUGGACCUGGGCUUCCACCUGAGCCGCCAGACGGGGGCGCUGUCCAAGGCCAUCGACAGGGGGACGCGGGGCAUCAGCUUCGUGCUCAGCGCCCUGGUCUUCAACCUGGGGCCCACCGUGUUCGAAAUGGCCCUCGUUAGUGGAAUUCUGUAUUACAAGUGUGGAGGCCAGUUUGCACUGGUGACUCUAGGGACCCUGUCUGCGUACACAGCGUUCACCAUUGCAGUCACACAGUGGAGGACUCGUUUCAGGAUAGAGAUGAACAAAGCAGACAACGAGGCAGGGAACGCAGCCAUUGAUUCCCUGCUCAAUUACGAGACAGUGAAGUAUUUCAACAACGAGAAGUACGAGGCUGACCGAUACGACGGGUUCCUGAAGAUCUACGAGUCAUCGUCCCUGAAGACCACCUCCACGCUGGCCAUGCUGAACUUUGGGCAGAGCGCCAUCUUCAGCGUGGGCCUGACCGCCAUCAUGGUGCUGGCCAGCAAGAGCAUCAUGGCUGGAACGAUGACGGUGGGAGACCUGGUGAUGGUGAACGGGCUGCUCUUCCAGCUCUCGCUCCCGCUCAACUUCCUGGGCACGGUUUACAGGGAGACCAGACAGGCCCUCAUCGACAUGAACACUCUUUUCACCCUGCUCAGUGUCGACACCAAAAUCAAGGAGAAGGAGAUGGCCCCGCCCUUACUGGUCACCCCCCAGGAGGCCACCAUCCGGUUUGAGGAUGUCUACUUUGAGUACCUGGAGGGACAGAAAGUGCUGAAUGGGGUGUCCUUCGAUGUGCCCGCUGGGAAGAAGGUGGCCAUUGUCGGUGGCAGCGGGUCAGGGAAGAGCACCAUCGUGAGGAUGCUGUUUCGCUUCUAUGAGCCCCAGAAAGGGAACAUUUACAUUGCGGGGCAAAACAUCCGGGACGUGAGUCUGGAGAGCCUGAGGAGGGCCGUGGGUGUGGUGCCACAGGACGCCGUUCUGUUCCACAACACCAUCUUCUACAACCUCCAGUACGGCAACAUUAAUGCCACGCCCGAGGAGGUGUACAAAGUGGCCAGGCUGGCAGGAAUCCAUGAUGCCAUUCUGAAAAUGCCCAAUGGAUAUGACACCCAGGUUGGGGAGAGAGGUCUCAAGUUGUCAGGGGGAGAGAAGCAGCGUGUGGCCAUCGGCCGGGCAAUCCUUAAGAACCCUCCCAUCCUUCUGUACGACGAGGCCACCUCCUCCCUGGAUUCCAUCACUGAGGAGAACAUUCUGAGCUCCAUGAAGGAGAUGGUUAAAGACAGGACAUCCAUCUUCAUCGCCCACAGACUUUCCACUGUAGUGGAUGCCGAUGAGAUUAUUGUGUUGAAUGAGGGGAAGGUGGCAGAGCGGGGCAGCCACCAAGACCUCCUGGCCAUGCCCGGCAGCCUCUACUCAGACCUGUGGAACACUCAGAACAGCAGGGUCCUGAACCGCAAGGGCCGCACGGACCAGGAGCUGGAGCGGCUCUCCCAGAAGGAGGAGGAGCGCAAGAAGCUGCAGGAGGAGAUCCUGAACAGUGUGAAGGGCUGCGGGAACUGCUCCUGCUGAAACCCGACUCCCACUGACAAACCGGGCGACCCUGACGCCCACCGGUCCAGCCAGGCCCUCCCACAUUCUCAUGUUCACGCUCGUUGUCCAUCUACUGACCCCCCUACCCCUCUCCCCUUACCCCUCUCCCCUUACCCCGCCCCCUGCCCCGCCCCUUUCCUGGAGGCAGUGCUCAUCACAAAGUCAGAGGCUGAAGAGUUUGUCAGCUUCUGAGUGACCUUGACUCCAGGAGGGGAAAAAAAUGAGGAAUCUUUUUAUGCACAGGUUGACAUACCAUUUGAAACCAAGCACACACACUUAAGAGCCAGCCUCUGCUAUGGUGUAAAACAGGAAGAGGCCACCAUUGGUCACAGUGAUGAAGGGUUUUUUUUUUCAUUUACUACAGGAGAAAGACAAUCUCUGCAGUCACAAGACCACUAUUUGUGAACGAAAGAUAACAUGCCUUCAUAUAGACAUAUCGUAUAAGUUAAUUCAACUUAUUUUUAAAUUAUUUUUUUUUCCACGUAACUGGGAAAGUAGCUGUUUUUAUUAUGGAUGUGUACAUAGCAAUAUAACAAGAUUGGUUGCCUCCUGAUGAAUAUGUUCAAGCAUAGCGUCUGCUUAAAAUUGUUUGUGUAAACUUGCAUUUGAUAAGGAAAUUAAUUAUGUCUGUGGCUUCAACAAAAAAGGUCACGUGGUCUCUUUCUCCAAAAAAAAAAAAUACUAACACCUUACUUUACUGUGCUUUUUGAAGAGUGCCCAGUUCGUCUUUUAAGAUCAUGAAGUGCUCCACAAGGUGUACUAAUGUAUUCAGACAUGCUGCUUUGGGAGCUCUCUGAACCAAGAAGAGGAUUCUCCCAAGAAUAAAUAAACAGCUGCCCUGAAGCUAGGUCUUAGAAGAGUGGGGGGGAAGAAAAAAAAAACAAACAUGUUUCAUAAACAUGGUUGUGAUUUGACCAGUGAUCAAAGUAUGUUCACUUGUGACAUUCACACAUAUGGUUUAUAUCCAAUUAUGUACAAGCCAAAAUUUUUAAUAUAGAAAAUGAAAACUGACAAGCCACAGGAGCGCAUAUUGAAUGUACUGGUGCUGCCUCAUCCUUCUUUACAGCAUGUAAGAACGGUGUGAAAGAAACUAAGCUGGUAUGUACAUCAGCGUUUCACCAGAGAGUGUAUUUCAUAUGGGCUCGGUGUGUUCACUGACAACAGUAAGGUACAAGGUAUUGUAGUUCUGAAGUGUAACACCACGUGAUCAUUUGCUGGGAUGACAUGUAUUAUAUAUUUACUCAGGCCUCUUGUAAACAAAGAUGUGUGAAUGCUUGUUCUCUUAGAUCGGGCAUCACAUGCCCUGGUCUCCAAAGGCAGCCCUGUACGGCCCGUGCGCUCGCACCUUUUCUCCCCACGUGUGUGUUUCUGAGAAUGCGAUGGUUGAGGGCAGGUGUGUCCUGCAGCCUGCAGCCCCGCCCCUCCAAAACACGGGCCCCAGUUACGGUCUGCAGCUGCGCUGAGUGCCGUGGAGGGCUGCCGCGAGACUGGAUUUAUAACAUGGCUGCACCGGAGAAAGAAAAGUUGGCGUUUCUGCCGCAAGGAAAUAAUUGUCGAUUGAGCAGAAUGCCUCUGUGCUGGCUCCGCAGACAAGCACUAGCUGUGUAAAUGACGCGUGUCAUGGGGGCAUUGUGCUUUUCAAUGCAGUGUUUUCGUCAGCAUCUUGUCCUGGGAUGAUGGAGAUGUGGACUCUGCUCCAGUCUGUGGAGCUGUGGCGGAGGUGUACGCAAUUAAACUUUGUUUGGCUCUGUGAGAGUGCACAUUCUGAGCCUACCUUUGUUUGGACACACAUCGAGUUGCACUUUCCAGGUUGUUGACAGAUGACUGCCAAAAAAGCUUCAUUUUAUAUAUUUUUGGUUGUUUCUUUGUCGGUCUCC